AUGGAAACCACGACGAGCGUCGAGUGUUACGUCGCACUCGACGUUGACAGUUCAAGCAGGAAUGAAGACGACUUAAUGCUCUUUGAGGGCCACGGAAGGACCAUCAUCAAACAGUUCGGCGUCGGAAUCAGCCAAGACGGAAGGAACAACCCAAACAGACAACGAGAAACAAAGUCUACGGCCCCCGGAAUGCCAGUCAGUGACAGCAUGGCCAGUAGCAACGGAAUAUCAAGCGCCAGAGUCAGCAACGCAGGCACCAAGACGGCCAUGAGCCUCAGGAAGCUGCAGAAAAACACGCCAGAGGUCAGGGCACAAGCCCAGCUCACACGAGAAACCAGAGGAUACAACUUUAUACUCACACAAGUCGGAAGCCUAACCAUUGGGUCGUGGAGCCAACAAGCCACCGCCAGUUCAAACAAACGCAAAACAGAUGAAACAAAGAACACGGAAGGAGUCCAAAGCAGAAGCAAAAGAAGAACAAACGCUCCACCUGGACGAUCAUAG